AGCCUCGAGGAGGGGAAAAAAGCUCGACACCUGCGUGCGCCGCUCUUAUCACUGGCGCGCGCGCAAUCGUCGUUCUCUCUCUCUCUCUCUCUCUCUCUCUCGCUGGUUCUCCGUCUGCUCUUCCCGGCUUGGCGAAAACCGCGCGCGCGUCUCCCCAGUGUUACAGGAGCGCGCGUCGCGCGAAAAGCUCCCGCUGCUAUCCGUAUAUACGCCGGGAAGAGUAAAAUCCAUCGCUCGCUGUUAUUAUGGCCAUGGAGCCGGAACCACCGCCACCGCCGACGUCGAUUCUUCUUCACGGACCAUAGCGAUCUAGCGCUUUGUUUUUCCGUUCAUCAGUGUGUUGUACAGAAGGGGUGCAGUGACGUUUGUUGGAGAGUUUGCGGAGGUGCUCGACGCAGCGAGGAAGUAGCUGCGCAUACAGGUGACACCCCCGAGCAAGUUUCGCGCGAUUCCCGCAGCGUCAGGAUGACAACGGCACCGGUCAACGCGACAACGGUCGCGUCGUUGGACUACGACGACCUGCCGAUCGACAUGCGCUUCAAUGCAGGUCACGUCGUCAGUAUCGUCACCUACAGCAUCCUCAUGAUCAUCUCGGCCGUCGGCAACAUCACCGUCCUCGCCCUCCUGCUGCGUAGACGGGGCAACGCCGCGCGGACCAGAAUCAACACGAUGCUCAUCCACCUGGCUAUCGCCGACCUAUUGGUGACCUUCCUGAUGAUGCCGCUGGAGAUCGGCUGGGCAGCCACGGUAUCCUGGAAGGCCGGCGACGCCAUGUGCAGGAUCAUGUCCUUCUUCAGGAUGUUCGGACUCUAUCUCUCCUCGUUCAUCCUCAUCUGCAUCAGUGUGGACAGAUAUCACGCUGUAUUGCGACCGCUACAGAUGAUUGACAUUGACCGAAGGGGAAGAUUCAUGAUAGCCGGCUCCUGGAUAUGCUCCGCGCUUUGUUCGGCGCCCCAGAUGGUGGUAUUCCACGUAGAGGCGCAUCCGACAUUCACGUGGUACGAGCAGUGCAUCACGUUCAAUACAUUCCCGAGCUUCACUCACGAGCUCACCUACUCGCUCUUCGGGAUGGUGAUGAUGUACUGGUUCCCUCUUAUCGUCAUAAUCUAUACCUACACCAGUAUUCUCGCCGAAAUGUACAGGAGAUCUAAGGACACCACUUCUGAUAGGAUAAGGCGCUCCUCGCUAGGAUUUCUCGGUCGCGCAAGGGUCCGCACGCUCAAGAUGACGAUAAUCAUCGUUCUGGUCUUCUUCAUCUGCUGGACGCCCUAUUACGUCAUGAGCCUCUGGUACUGGAUAGACAGCGUCACCGCGACGAAGGUCGACCUGAGGAUACAAAAGGCCCUGUUCCUGUUCGCCUGCACGAAUUCCUGUAUGAACCCCAUUGUCUACGGCGCUUUCAACAUUCGCAAAGGCAAUAAGGUGACCAGAAAUUGGGACAUACAUACCCUAAAGUGAUCAGGACUUCGGACAGCUACACUGCUCCGCUAAUUUUCUAUUAUAGACUACACACGAGCUGUAUAAAAAUAUCGACGUCGAACCUUAAAGCUGGAAAAACAAUAAUCUAUUAUUGUAUUGUUCUGUAAAAGCGUCUAGUCUCUACUCGCAAGAGCUUCGAAACGCAUCCAUUCGAAGGCACUCAUCUAUAUACGCACUAUACUAUGCGCUUACACUGCGCCCAUGUAUCAUCGUAUCUAUAAGCUCGUCCUUAUCGUCAGCUCUCUCCUUCUCUCUCCUUUCAAAGAUCUUUUCUCCGCUGAGCUUCCGGGGCCACUCUAUCACUCGAACGAUCUGCAAUUUCCAGAUGUCUUAAAGAGCGGCGCGUAAAUACUUUAAGCUUCUCUCCUAACGCUUUAUUGUUAUCUGUGCCUCUUUUCUGCGUUCUAUACACAACGGGCCUUCUGCAGAGGCUGUGACUUUUCCAUGUACGAUUUCCUACUAUAUACAGCGCUAGAAGCUCCUACGUUUAUAUUAUACUCUAUCAUUUAUAGCUAUUAGUGAACACUAUAUUGCUUUACUACCGAUAUAUUCUAUUGUAUAGGCUUUAUAUAUACAACAUGAUUUUUAAGUCUGCGUGUACUAUAUAAGCUGUAAAUAUAACUUUUAUUAAUAUUUUUUUAAUCCAGGAACUAUCGCGGUUCAACGAUGAUACAUAUGUGGAUAAUAAAAUGUCUUUUGUAAAACACAAAGAGCACUUUCUUCAUCAGCGAGUGGAAUUUCGCGAUUAAUGUCGAUAAAUUCGUAUCGUCGCCGCCCACUGGAAAUUCUUAUAAGUGAAAUAUCACUCAACCUACGUGCGGCGAUUUUUCUGUCAAUGUUUAUAGCCCGCGCGCGUCUUUGUAUGAACCCUCUUUCCGAAAUAAAUUUAGAGACACCCUUCAUAGAGCAGGAGAAAAAACGGUUCGAAAAAAAUGGACCAAAUAGUUGAGCGUUAAGGGUCGACCGAAAGUAUCGGAGACGGUAUUUCUUUUUUGGUUUUUUCUUUUUUCAUUCGACCUUCGUCAACUCUUCUGAGCAAGGGUUCAAUGAAAGCUAUCGAUGUAUAGAAGCGAGUGAUUUUCCAAAAGAGCGAUGUUCAGUGUGAUUGGGGUAUUUUUCUCUUUGGGUUUCGUUUACAUGGAAUCCAGACUACAUUUUUUGAUGAACGAACAUCGCUGAAGCUCUAUGUUUUCCAAAAAUAAAACUUGUCAUAUCUCUGUGGAUAUCGAGUAUUUCGAGUCACAUUCAUUUCAUUUGAAAUUAUAAAGGUAUAUUCGUUCGGACUUUAUUACUUUAAUUUAUCAAGAGUUAUUGAAAUGCUCAUCAACGUUCGUCACAUUUUAAAAUUGCUCUCCAUUCUCGUCCAACUUUAUUUUAGAGUAGAAAUUCUAAUAAAAUUGAUUUCUUGAAAUUAU